GCAUUUGUUAAUAAAUUUUUAAAUAAAAAAAUGAUAAAUAUUUUGAAUAAGUCGAAAAUUUUCGGAAGUAUUUACUUAAAUUUAAAGAGUAGGGAAGUUACAAAAUUUUUUAGCAAUUCAAAGUUGUUAUAUCAACCAUCUAAAAGAACAAAACUUGAAUUAAAACGUCGUCUCAAAGCAGAACAAAAAGCUAAAGAAAAAGCAGAAAAAGUCGCUGUUCAACCAGUACCCACUGCUAAUAAAGAGAAAAAAAUAAAUGAAGAAGAAAUCUCCCCGAAUGAGUUUUUCAAAUUAAGAUCACUUGCUGUUGCUGAAUUGAAAAAAGAUCCAACAACCCAUCCAUACCCACAUAAAUUUCAUGUGAGCAUUUCUCUAGAGCAUUUUAUAGAUAAAUAUAACAAUUUGAAAGAUGGAGAGCAACUAGAGGAAAUAGUAAGCGUUGCUGGACGAGUGCAUGCUAUCCGUGAAUCAGGUGCAAAAUUACGCUUCUUCGAUUUACGUGGUGAAGGUGUGAAACUCCAAGUUAUGGCGAAUGCCAAAUUAUAUGGCAAAGAAGAAAACUUUGAGCCGGAUUUAGAGAAAAUUCGACGUGGUGACAUUAUAGGUGUUUCUGGGGUUCCGGGAAAAACAAAAAAAGGAGAAUUAUCAGUUAUCCCUAAAGAAGUAAAAUUAUUAUCACCUUGCCUGCACAUGUUACCGCAUUUGCAUUUUGGUCUGAAAGACAAAGAAACUCGAUUUCGUCAGAGGUAUUUAGACUUAAUUUUAAAUAAUAAAGUUCGUCAGACUUUCCAAAUUCGAGCUAAGAUUAUUUCAUACAUACGGCAAUUUUUGGACAAAAUGGGAUUUUUAGAAAUUGAAACACCAAUGAUGAACAUGAUUGCUGGUGGCGCUACAGCCAAACCAUUUAUUACUCAUCAUAAUGAACUUAAUAUGGAUUUGUAUAUGAGAAUAGCACCAGAAUUAUACCACAAAAUGUUAAUUGUUGGUGGAUUGGAUAGAGUGUACGAAAUCGGUAGACAAUUUCGAAAUGAAGGCAUAGAUUUAACUCAUAAUCCUGAAUUUACAACUUGUGAAUUUUAUAUGGCUUACGCAGAUUACAAUGACUUGAUCAAAAUUACUGAAUCUAUGGUCUCCGGUAUGGUAAAAGCUAUACAUGGAACUUAUAAAAUUCAAUACCAUCCCGAUGGAUUAGAAGGAGAUCCCGUUGAGAUAGACUUUACGCCACCCUUUAAGAGAGUAUCAAUGAUCAAAACUUUAGAAGAAAAAUUAAAUGUGAAAUUCCCGCCAAAUACCGAAUUAAGUAGUAAAGCUACUAAUGAAUUCUUAUCAGAACUUUGCUCAAAAUAUGAAAUUGAGUGCCCACAUCCAAAAACUACAGCAAGAUUAUUAGAUAAAUUGGUUGGUGAAUUCAUUGAAGAAAACUGUAUUAAUCCAACAUUUAUUUGUGAUCAUCCUCAAAUUAUGAGUCCUUUGGCAAAAUAUCAUCGCAGUGAGCCGGGCUUAACCGAACGUUUUGAAUUAUUUAUUAUGAAAAAAGAAGUAUGUAAUGCGUAUACAGAAUUGAAUGAUCCAGCUGUACAAAGAGAACGUUUUGAACAACAGGCUAAUGAUAAAGCCGCUGGUGAUGAUGAAGCCCAAUUAAUAGAUGAAAAUUUCUGUACAGCUUUGGAGUAUGGUCUACCUCCAACAGGUGGUUGGGGAAUGGGAAUUGAUCGUCUUACUAUGUUUUUAACUGAUGCUAAUAAUAUUAAAGAAGUUUUAUUAUUCCCUGCAAUGAAACCUGAUGAUUUAAAUAAACCUCAUUCAGACGAAAUUGAAAAUAAUGUUGACGGAGUCCACAAAUAAUCAAUUUGACUUAAAAUAUGUAUAAAAUUUAACUUAUUGUACUUUUAAGUUUUUUUUUAUUACAAAGUAACAGUUUCCAGCUUAUGUUACAUUAAUUGCAAAAUAUAAAUUAUUGUAUUUAAAACUAAA